AUUAAUUGGAAUCUUAUUACAGUUUCAUAUUUAUUUCAUUUCCACAACUCAGAAUAUCAUUAUUAUUUUCAUGACCAUUGUCUCUUUCACAUCAUUACGCGUGAUUCAGGCAUAGAAAAUCCAACCACAAAUCAAAAAAAAAAAAAAGAUAAAAGAAAAGAAAAGAGGUCUCACUAGUCAACAUAGGAGUUCAUUGUACUAGACUUCACCAACUUCGCUUCCUUCUAUUAUUGCUUUCUUGAUCUGAGUAGCAAGGAGUGUUCUAGCCUUUGUUCCUUCACUACUUUUUGUCCUUCACUUCAGGUUUUGAUCAUGGCAGCCGAACUGGUAGCUGGUGCUUUGCUUUCUGCUUCACUUCAGGUUUUGUUUGAACGAUUGGGCUCUGAGGAGAUACCCCAGCUGUUCCAGGGGAAGAAGCUGAUUCUAGACCAGCUAUACGAGUUGAAGACCAUGUUGUGGUCAGCUCAUGCACUGCUCAACGAUGCUGAGGAGAAGCAACUUCGAAACCAGGAGGUCAGGAUGUGGCUUAUCGAGCUUCAAGAUGUGAUCUAUCAGGCUGAUGACUUGGUGGACAGGAUUGACUAUGAAGCUCUGCGAUCCAAGCUUGAAGAUGAUCAAUCUAGCAGCAGCAGUGCCAGCAAGGUACUCAUGAAAUUUAUGACACCCUUUCUGUCCACAUUUGAUAAAACUGUUAAGCUUGAUUCCAUGGAGAUCCUUCGUAAACUAAAGAUCCUUGUUGAUCAAAAAGAUGCUCUUGGCCUGAGAGAAGGUGCUCAGAACAAACCUUCGCCAAGGCCACCAGUUCCUUUGGUAGAACAUGCUGAUGUUUAUGGGAGGGAUACUGAGAAAAAAAUCAUUGUUGAUCAGUUGCUGAAAGAUGAUGUUGAUAGUGGCAGUAACAUUUCUGUUAUCCCGAUUGUUGGGAUGGGUGGUCUUGGCAAAACCACUCUUGCUCAAGUUGUUUAUGACGAUGAUAGAGUACAAAAGUAUUUUGAGCUAAGAGUAUGGAUUACUGUGUCGGAUGAGUUUGAUAUUUUCAAGAUAACAAAGGAGAUCUUUGAGGGGGUCACCACCAACAAAUGUGGUACUGAAAGCUUCGACGAACUUCGAAGGAAAUUGAAGGAAGCAUUGAGGGGGAAGAAAUUUCUCUUUGUUCAUGAUGAUGUUUGGAACGAGUCUUAUUCUUUGUGGGACACACUGAAGAGUUCUUUUGAGUCUGGAGCAAAUGGAAGUAAAAUUCUUGUGACUACUCGAAGCACAAUUGUCGCGUCUACCAUGGCCACUGGACAGGUUCAUCAUCUACAAACUUUGUUGAAUGAAGAUUGUUGGCAGUUAUUUGUAAAACAUGCUUUUGGAAAUAAUUUUGACCAGAAUAGCAACAUAGAUCUGCAAGCACUUGGUAGAAAAAUAGUGGAGAAGUGCAAAGGCCUUCCUUUAGCAAUAAAGUCUCUUGGUGGAUUACUGCGCUGUGAACAAAAUCCUAAAAAAUGGGAAGACAUACUUGGCAGUGACACAUGGGAGGAAUUGUACAAGAAAGAGGGCUCCAUUCUUCCAGCUUUAUGGUUGAGCUAUCGUCACUUACCUACACAUCUCAAACAAUGUUUUGCUUAUUGUUCCAUAUUUCCCAAAGAUUAUGAAUUUGAAAGAGACAGAUUGAUUUUAUUAUGGAUGGCUGAAGGGUUUUUGCCAAUGGAUUCAAAAAGUAAAAAGAUGGAGGAAUUUGGAAAGGAAUACCUUGAAGAUCUCUUAUCAAGGUCAUUCUUUCAAUGUUCGAGUAAGAAUGCAUCCUUUCUCCAAAUGCAUGAUCUCGUACAUGAUUUAGCCAUGCUUGUAUCAGAUGAUUUUUGCUUCAGGUUGGAUUUGAGUAGUGAUAUGCAUAGCCUUCCAACAAAGAUUCGUCAUCUGUCAUAUAGGAAAAGUUCUUACGACCUCGACAAACUUAAGGGUUUGAGUAAGGCUAUUUCUUUGCGUACCUUUCUAGCAUUACCAUUGCAGCUUCUAGGUGGACCAAAAUAUUUAGCCCCGUACAAUAUAUUGCUUACAAAGGGAAGCUGUUUAAGAGUGCUUUCUUUAAGUGAAUCUUCUAUCAAGGAGUUGCCAGAUUUAAUUGGUAGCCUAAUACAUUUAAGGUAUUUGGACUUGUCUGUUACUCAAAUUGAAGAGUUACAUGAGUCAGUUUGUAGUUUGUACCAUUUACAAACUUUAUUGUUGAGAGGCUGUGGAAAGCUUUCUCAAUUUCCAAGGAAUAUGGGAAGACUGAUCAACUUGCGUUACUUAGAUAUUACUCGUGUGCCUUUGAAAGAGAUGCCACAAGGAAUUAGUCAAAUGAAAUACUUGAAACUCUUACCAAAGGUAGUAUUGAGUGACAAACAUAAGGAUGAUGUGUUCAAAAUUACAGAUUUAGCAGAGCUUGAACAUCUAAGUGGAAGCCUUUGCAUUUUGGGUUUGGAAAAUAUUAAUGAUGCGACAGAGGCUUCAAAGGCUAAUUUAAAGGAUAAGAAGGAUCUUACAGAACUAACUUUGAGCUGGAGCGAUGAUGCUGUUGAUGCUGAUAGUUCGCAAAAAGAAUUAGAUGUGCUUGAUGCCCUUCGACCACAUACAAGCUUGGAGAGUCUGGAGAUUGAAAGUUAUAGAGGUACAACAUUCUCGAACUGGAUUGCAGGUGAUGCAUUUUCUAACUUAGUAUCAAUUACUUUGAAAGAUUGUAAAAGCUGUUGUUAUUUACCACCACUUGGACAACUAGCUUCUCUCAAAUAUCUCAGAAUUGAUAGAUGUGAUAGUGUGUAUUCAAUAGGUGAUGAGACUGAUAGCAGUGGUCCUCUAUUCACUUGUUUACAAAGAUUACAUAUUUCGAAUAUGUUGAUGUGGAAAGAAUGGUCAUUUGGUACCGAAGCAAUUCUUCAAGAAGGUCAAGUGUUCCCUCUUCUAAAAGAAGUUUCACUGUAUAAAUGUCCCAAGCUUAAUGUUGGCUUACCCAGUUAUCUUCCAUCAUUAGAAAGACUCGAUAUCUUUAAUUGUGAAGAAAUGAAGGAUUCGAUUCCGAGAACUCAACAGACUGUCACAGCCCCACCCUUUCUUCAUCGAGUAUUUAUAUCGAAUUGUCCUGUGUUGGAGUCACUUCUAGAUUGGGGAUCACACUCCAAACUAGAGCAACUUUCUCUAUGGAACACAAAAGUGCUUUUUGAGAAUCGUAUUAAAUGGGAUCUACAGAAACUCUCAUGUUUGGAAUACAUAGAAAUCACAGGAUGGGAAGAUGAUUCGUUUCCCGACGAAGGGCUCCUUCCGAUCACUCUUAAGACAAUUUUUAUCGGAAAUUCUAGCAAACUUGAGACCCUAAAUGGAAAGGCUUUUCAACAACUAACAUCCCUUACGUCCGUGGAAAUUACAUACUGUAAAAGUCUCCGGUGCUUGCCAGAAGAAGAGCUGCCUACUUCUCUUACCGAAUUACAUAUCAAGGGAUGUCCUUUGCUAAAUCAACGAUGUGAAAAAGGAGGAGAAGAUUGGCCUAAGAUUCAACACAUCACACAAGUGAAAUUGGAUGAUAAACUUGUCAAUUAAAUCAUGCAGUGAUCUAUAUGUAUUCAGAUGAUCAAUGGGUCGGAUGAGUUGAAGGAAUGAACUAUAUCGAAUGGUUGUAAAGUUGAUGAUUUGGUGGAGUAUCUUUGUGGCCACGUAGAACUAUUGUGAUAAAUAAGUUAUGUUUUCACUUUGAUUGCCUUUGCUUGAGAAGUGAAGCUUUAAAACUCAUGAAGGCCAAUACAGGAAUAAGGGGAUCUUGUAUCUGUACGUAUAACAUUGAUCUGAAAUCUUUUUGAGAUAUUGAUGUCAGCUUCUUUUUAUUUAGUUUAAACCAUUCAACUUGUUGAAGGAAUUAUAAUCUCAUGGCCAAAAGAAGAAUCUGUGGUUGUGAAACACAAAAAAGCAUCUCCUCUUGAAUCAUGGUUUAAUAUAUAUAUAUAUAUAUAUAUAUAGCUUGACCAUCGUUUUAGUACAUUUUCUUAUAAACAAGUUUCCUUUAAACAGAUUUUGAUUUUGACAUUGCCACCAAAAGCCAAAGAGAUGUGAAAGUGACAAACUUGGAAAACCACUGAAAUAUGUAUUGAACCAGAGAUAUGAGUAGAUUCUAGGAUCAAUUUUUACUCUGU